GAAGUCCAGAGAAAUUUUCCCGGAAAAAGCAAGAAAAUAAUAUCUUCGUCGUCAAUUUCAAAGGGCUUCAAACGCACCGUAUCGUCAAAGCGCCGAUGGGGCAAAUUUUCUCUCGACGCGCAUGGUCUUCGAGAAAGUGCUUGGGUGGGGUUGGGAAAAUUUCUUUUCUCAUUUUUCUCGAAUUUUUCUUGUGCUCCCUUUUCCAGAAACUAAAAAAAAGUUAAAGGGAAAACAAACAAACCCUAAAACUCGAGAACUUUUGUCCUUCUCCAAUGACGCUUCCGAAUCUUCUCCAUCGUCUUCUUCGCCACCAGAUUUCGCGUUCAUUGGCGAUCUGAGUUGCGUUUUCCAUCGAUACGUUUUACGGAGGAAUGGAGCAGUAUGGCUUGCAAGGACAGAGGAGACAGGUGAAGCAUAAAGGAAGAAAUGUUGUAUGGUCCAUCGCAAUGGAUAAGUGUCUGAUCGAAGCUUUGGCUGUCCAAGCAAAGAAUGGGAACAAAAUCGACAAGUGUUUCAACGAGAAUGCAUACACUGCUGCUUGCUUUGCUGUUAACACUCGUUUUAACCUGAACUUGAAUAACCAAAAAGUCAUUAAUCGUCUUAAGACCAUCAAGAAAAGGUACAAGGUAAUGAAGGACAUACUUAGCCAAGAUGGAUUUUGGUGGAACCCAAACACGAAAAUGAUUGAAUGUGAAAGCGAUGAGCUCUGGAAGAGAUAUAUUUCUGUCCACCCCGAUGCAAAAGCAUUCCGGGGAAAGCAGAUUGAGAUGUACGACGAGCUUAGAAUAGUAUGCGGUAACUAUCAAGCCCCGAGCCGAUGGGCUAGGAUGAAGGAUGGAAACCAUAUCAAUGACAUGAAAAACUUCGAUGACGACUCUGUUUCGCUCCCUUUACCAAGUUCAGAAGAUGCAAGUGAUACAGACGGGACGGAAUCAUACACAGGUUCAGAAGAAUAUAUGCACGAAAAUGGUCAAGACCCUCUUCCUCCGCAUCCGACUAGACAACCUCUUAAAAGACCUCGAAGUUCAGAUGCAUUUCAAGAGGCAAUGUUAGCAGUGGCAUCUAGCAUUCGGCGUCUGGCUGAUGCAAUGGACCAAACCCGAGCUUCGAUCAAUGCUUCAGAACUCCUAGAAGCUGUGAUGGAGAUCGAUGGAUUGGACGAGGCUAAACAGAUGUAUGCAUUCGAAUAUCUGAAUGCGGAUCCAAUAAAAGCUCGGGCUUUCUUGGCGUACAAUCCGCGGAUGAGGAAAGUAUAUUUGUUUCGACAGUUUUGGUGGUGGAAGUAACUCGAGAACGGUUUUUCGGUAUAGUCUAGGAUUCUCAAGGAAGACAAAGAAGUUCAUCUGAUUCUAUAUAUUUUUUGGGGGGAACACUGUACAGAUGAUGGAUUUCAAAUGGUGAAAAUUAGGGGCUGAAAUCGGCUGUUGUAGAGAAACAGUUGAAAAUCACAUGUCUGCGCCAUUGUAGCGCAAAAGGUUAAACAUUGGGACCUGUCGGAUUUUGGUCAGAACAUCAGUAGUAUUAUUUAGGGUUUUAAGGAUCACUGGAUAUUGUCUGAAACUCUCAUUUGAUGUUAAACCCUAAAAUGGUGGUGUUUUGAAGCACAAUCCGGUUUUAGGUUUGA